AUGGGCGCAAGUGAAAGUGCAGAAAUUCGAGUUUCGUUUGAUCGUUCAACUUUAUUCUAUUACACUGGUGAAAAUAUACUAGGCAAUAUUUUAUUUCAUAAUACACAUGAAAAAUUAGCAUUAGACGAAAUUUUUCUUGAAUUUAUUGGUGAACUUGGAUAUACAACAAGAGAGACAAGGCGUCGACAUGACAGUAAUGGACGAUCUCAUACAGAACACUUCACCGAAUAUCAUCGAAUACCAUUUACAAGUCAUCGUAUUCCAGUUGUUCGACCUCAAUAUGGACAACGUGAAGUAACUCUCUAUCGUGGUGAUUAUUCAUGGCCAUUUGAAUUUACUCUCCCUCAAUGUUUACCGCCAACAUCAAUUCCAAUGUCAGUCGCAUAUCCUUAUGUAAAAUAUUAUAUGCGUAUUGUUCUUGAUAAACCAUGGUAUAAACCAAAUGCUAAACAAAUCUAUGCAUUGACAAUAUUUCCACGUGUUAAUAUUCAUCAACUAAUGAAUGCUCAAUUACCUGUACCUCUUUCACAAACAAAUAGAAAAAAAGUUCAUUUACAAGGACGUCUUCUUCAAACUGGUGUUACACCUGGUGAAAAAUUAUCAUUAGAAAUUAAUCUUGACAAUCCAAAAUGUGCCGAAAUCAAACGAAUUGAAGCAACACUUAUUCAACAUCGACAAAUUGCUCAUAGUCAACAAUCAGAAGUUAUAUUUCGAAUGAAUCUACCUGAUUUUUCUGAAUUUAAUGGAACUAAUUUUCGUAGAACUUUUGAAUUACAUUUACCUACUGAGUAUUUAUCGCCUACGUAUACAUAUUCAUCACAGUGUCCUGGUGCAUUAUUUACUGUUGCUUUUCAUUAUGAACUUAAAUUAGAUGUUAAAGUACGAGGAUUAUUUACUGAUUUUAAAGUAAGUGUACCAGUUAUUGUUGGUACAGAAACAAUGUCUGAUGAUCCACCACUAGUAAAUAGGUUUGUUGAAACAAUAAUGCCAAGUGCUCCAGCAUAUGAUUAUGAUGAACCACCACCAAGUUACGAUUCAAUAAUUGCAAAAAUUAAACAAUAA